UGCUACUGUGUGUAUUGCAGUUGGUUCUUCGGCAAAAUGGGCCGCAAGGACGCGGAGCGCCUCCUGCUGGUCGUUGGAAACAAGCGCGGGACCUUCCUGAUCCGGGAGAGCGAGACCAACCCAGGUGCGUUCUCGCUCUCCAUUCGGACCUGGGACGAGGCCCGGGGGGACAGCGUGAAGCACUAUAAGAUCCGCCGAUUGGACAGCGGGGGGUUCUACGUGAACACCCAGGUGAAAUUCGACAGCCUGAAGAAGCUGGUGAAGCACUACUCAGUCCAUGUGGACGGGCUGUGCUCCAGGCUCACGGAGGUGUGCCCCACGGUGAAGCCGCAGACUGAGGGUCUGGCGCGGGACGCCUGGAAAAUCUCCGGCUCUGCACUGAGGUCGCUGGACAGGCUGCUUCGGACUCAAUUGCGCCCCCUCUCUGCAGGCAGCUGGAACGACACGAUCAAGGUGGCCAUUAAGACGCUGCGUCCGGGCACCAUGUCCCCCGAGGCCUUCCUGGAGGAGGCGCAGGUGAUGAAGAAGCUUCGGCACAGCAAGCUGGUGCACCUGUACGCCGUGGUCUCCCAGGAGCCCAUCUACAUCGUCACCGAGUACAUGAGCAAAGGAAGUAUGCUGAGCUACCUGAGAGAGGGGGAGGGUAAUGCUCUCAAACUCCCUCAGCUUGUUGACAUGGCUGCACAGAUCGCAGAGGGCAUGGCCUUCAUCGAGAAGAUGAACUACGUCCACAGGGACCUGCGGGCCGCCAACAUCCUGGUGGGCGAGAACGCGGUGUGCAAGAUCGCCGAUUUCGGGCUGGCCCGGCUGAUCGAGGAUAACGAGUACACGGCCGGGCAGGGAACCAAGUUCCCCAUCAAGUGGACGGCGCCGGAGGCCGCGCUGUACGGGCGCUUCUCCAUCAAAUCCGACGUCUGGUCCUUCGGCAUCGUGCUCACUGAGCUGGUCACCAAGGGCAUGUCGCCGUAUCCAGGCCUGGUGAACCGUGAGGUUCUGGAAGAGGUGCAUGGUGGGUAUCGUAUGUCGUGCCCCCAGGGUUGCCCAGACUCUUUGUACCAGCUGAUGAUGAACUGCUGGGGGAAGCAGCCAGAUGAGAGGCCCACGUUUGCGUACAUCCAGACUUUCCUGGAGGACUACUUCACUGCCACGGAGCCGCUCUACCAAGCAGAGGGCAACCUGUAGACUCUCAUAGUGUGUGGACAACCUGUAGACUCUCAUAGAAUGUGAACAACCUGUAGACUGUCAUAGUGUGUGGACAACCUGUAGACUCUCAUAGUGUGUGGACAACCUGUAGACUCUCAUAGUGUGUGGACAACCUGUAGACUCUCAUAGAAUGUGAACAACCUGUAGACUCUCAUAGUGUGUGAACAACCUGUAGACUCUCACAGUAUGU